UAUUUGCUGGACAUGACAGGGCUGGUGUACACACGCACUCACAGAGGCCGCGACUGCGCGCACAAGACCUGCAGAACAUCAAGAGAGCCAACAUUCAAGAUGGCGGAGAGGCUGACGAAGCCCAGCCCCUAGCUGAGGAGCUAUUGACCAUUGAUGGGUGUCGGAGUGGAACAGAGUCAGCUUUCUUCAGGGAUGCCCCUGGGAGGCUCCCCAUGCUCCAGCCAAGCCCUGGGAUGGAAAAGGGUGUCUGCUGGCAACAGGUGAGGGAAGCUGCUCAGAGGACACGCUGGGCCUGCCUGACGUCUUUCCUCAGACACGAAGUUGUAAACACUAGUCGCCCAGAAAGAGCAAACAAGAUGACCACAGUGGUAGAGCCGGGCGUGCCCGUCGACAUCGGGAAGAGCACAUUCUCUCUGGGCAUACCAGCCAACAAGAAGCCCCCUCCCAGGAGAGUCCCAAAUUUAUGUUCCACACGGUACGGAAUAGCCUUCAUGGCACAUUUCUGCAACUUCACACUGAUAGCUCAGAACUCUAUCAUAAACAUCACCAUGGUGGCCAUGGUGAACAGCACAGACCGUCCAUCCCAGCUCAACAGCUCCACUGAGGGGCUUCCUGCCAACCUAAACAGUGGCCAGCACGAAGGCUCGAAGCAUCUCUCCACAAAGGCCCCUGUGUAUGACUGGAGUCCUCAAACCCAAGGCAUCAUCUUUAGUUCCAUCCAAUACGGCAUGAUGCUGAUGCAGGCUCCCGGCGGAUACCUGGCUUCAAGAAUAGGAACAAAGAAAGUGGUUGGAUUUGCUUUGUUGGGAUCGUCCCUGCUCACUCUUUGCAUCCCACAGGCUGCUAAUCUUGGACUAGCAUUCCUUCUCACCACCCGAGCAGUCCAGGGCUUAACCCAGGGCACAGCAUUUGGGGGUCAGUUUGUACUCUGGCAAAAGUGGGCUCCUCCUCACGAACGAAGCCGACUCUGCAGCAUGGCUCUGUCAGGGAUGAUACUGGGAAUCUUCACUGUCCUCCUCAUGGGCGGCAUCAUUAGUGAGGCCAUCGGGUGGCCCUUUGUCUUCUAUGUCUUUGGAGGUGUGGGUGCUGUCUGCUGUUUCCUCUGGAUCGUUCUUGUUUAUGAUGACCCUGCCUCUCACCCAUGGAUAAGCAUCCCGGAAAAAGAAUACAUUUUAUCCUCCCUGGAACAGCAGGACAGCUCUGCAGAGCAGCCACUGCCAAUCAAAGCCAUGGUCCGAUCUCUGCCACUUUGGUCCAUGUGUAUUUGCACUUUCAGUCAUCAGUGGAUGGUUAACACCUUCAUAAUAUACACCCCAACUUACAUCAGUUCUGUGUUCAAAAUUAAUAUCAGAGAGAAUGGAUUCCUGUCGUCCCUUCCCUUUUUCGUUGCCUGGAUUGUUGGUAUUCUGGGAGGUCAGCUGGCAGAUUUCCUUCUGACCAAGAAUUUGAAGCUCAUCACCGUGAGAAAAAUCAUCACGUUUUUAGGAAAUCUGCCCCCUGCAGCCCUCAUGGUGGCUCUGCCUUACCUGCAGUCCAGCUACAUCACAACCAUUGCAUGUCUGACACUGUCCUGUGGAAUAUGCCCCCUGAGUCAGUCUGGGAGCUACAUCAACGCUUUAGACAUUGCCCCGAGAUACGCCGGCCUUCUCAUGGGAACGUGCAGAGGACUGGCGCAUUCUUCUGCGGUGCUGGUCCCCAUCUUCGGUGGCUUGCUCCUCAAUAAGGACCCUGAGUUCGGGUGGACAAGUUUCUUUUACUUAUUGUUUGCCAUCAAUCUAUUCGGCUUAAUCAUCUAUCUCAUAUUUGGAAAAGCAGAUGUCCAAGACUGGGCUAAAGAGAGGACACUCACUCGUCUAUGAAGCUGUCCUCCUUGGGAGGUGAUGCCAUCAUUCAAGAACUUUUCAUGAGUAGGAAGACCUCCAUCACGAACAUAUGGCAGAAAGGGCUUUGCUUGCUGUACCUCUUCUCAAAAAUAACAUCGGCUUUCCCCCCUUUAUUCAGACCUCUUUUGAAGAAAAUAUAAGAUGAAUAAAAAUUCAAGUAAAAUGGUAGCAAAGGACGUCGUUGCCUUCAGUUGACAACUGCUGGGUGCUACCAACAUGGUAGUUUCACAGCUUUUACACACAUGAACCAAUGUUUUUAAACUCUUGGUCCAGACUGAUAAGCUCACUAAAGUCAUGGUUUAUUUUCUA